CACUGUCGCUAACAUAUCCAGGUUUAAUUCUUUAUUCUUUAUAUUGACUAAUUAAUAUUCUUCUAACGUUACCCUGCUAUGUGUUUGCAUCGUUAAAAUAUCCCCGUUUAAUUAUUUAUUCUUUAUAUUGAUUAAUUAAUAUUCUUCUAAGGUUAAUCCGAAUAUGUAUCACUGGCUUUUAUUUUGACUUCAUUUUAAGCACUUCCGUUCUGUCGUUUUUGGUUUCAGACAGCAGAAACGAAAUACGGAGGUGGUAUCCGUUUUUCCGUUUUUGGUUUUGAAACGGAAAACGAAAAAACCACGUGAUUUCCGUAUUCCGUAUUUGGAAUGAAACGAAAAAACAAACUAACAAAACGUACACGGACCGAGUCGCCACUGACCGGAGAGCCGCUAUCGGACCAAACUGUUUCUCGGGGGCUGAAUCCAUGACCCGCCGAACUGUCACUUUCACUUUCACAGUGCCGGACCGGGCCCGCGGAAGAACUCGUAGAUAUGUCCCAAAUGGAAACGCACGGUCUGCUGACCGGGAGCGUGAACGAAGCCUUUGAGGAGUUUGGCUCCUUGUCUGGCACAGAGCGCGCAGCGGCCCCACGGAGGAGCAGCGGACAGGGUUCGCUCACCGUCGCGGUGCAGCCGGGCGGUGUCGAGAGGGACUCGGAUGCUGAGGAACUCUACAUCCAGCAAGCUGUCGUGUUGAUCGAGGACGCUGUGCAGUACCGCUCCAUCAACCAUCGGGUGGACGCUCUCUCACUCCGCCUGUAUCGAUGGUACUACUCCAGGAUUUGCCAGUGGAGCUUGGGCCUAACAAUCGCGGUGGUGUUGCUGCUGGCGUUUGUGGAGCGCCCGUCCUCCCUGUCCAUCUCCUCGGACCCCCGUCAUCGCAUUCAGCCCUGGGAGCCUCCCUGCGGCUUCACCGAAAGCAUGGAGAUGAUCUGCCUCCUCGUCUUCUCUCUUGACCUCGCCGUUAAGGGAUACUUGAUUGGCUGGGAGGAAUUCAGAAAGAGCAAAUGGCUGAUCGGCUAUACAGUGGUCAUUUCAUUCUCCGUCAUGGACUGGGUGUUGUCUAUUAGCAUGGCGUGUGAUGAGAGAUUCAGAGUACGGCGACUCGUCCGGCCGUUCUUCCUCCUGCAGAACUCCUCCAGGAUGAAGAAGACACUGAAGUGCAUCAAGAGGACUCUGCCAGAGAUUGCCAGUGUCAUCCUGCUGCUGACGCUCCACCUGUUCCUCUUCACUAUGAUCGGCAUGCUGCUGUUUGCUAAAAGCGACGAUCCAAAGAAGAACGGGGAGUGGAAGUUAUAUUUCAGGGACCUGCCCAGUUCUCUCACCUCUCUGCUGGUGCUGCUCACCACAGCCAACAACCCUGAUGUGAUGAUCCCUGCCUACUCGGUGAACAGAGGCUACUCCAUUUUCUUUAUCAUCUUCAGUCUGAUUGGAACCUACUGCCUGAUGAACUUACUGACGGCCAUCAUCUAUAACCAGUUCAGGGGCUAUUUGGUGAUGUCGGUCCAAACGUCCAUCAUCAGGAGACGACUGGGGAUCCGAGCUGCUUUCCAAGUCCUGAGCUGCCAGGGCGCCCAGCAGGCUACUGAGGAGCGUGUGCCUGUUGAUCUGGUGAUGAAGGUGAUGUCCAGGGUCCAGAUGAAGAACUACUACAGAGAGGCCAUCACUAAGGAGGUGCACAAUUAUGCAGAUGUUGGCUACAUGGACCGAGGGGAGUUCAGGAAGAUAUUUGAUGAACUGGACAAAGACUGCAUAAAGGAGCACCCUCCCUUGCCCGAGUACAACUCUCCGGUGCUGCAGAAACUCCAGGCGGUCUUCAGUCACCACUUUCUCAUGAUAUUUGGCAACGCAGUGGCACUGGCCAAUGUCCUCUGCAUAUGUACCGUCCUGGUGCUGAACGCUGAUAAGCCCACGUCAGAGAGGAACAACUACAUCAUCGAGAUCAUCAACCUGUGCUUCAUCCUUUACUACCUGUUUGAAGUGUGCGUGAAGAUCUUUGCCUUCGGAUGGAAAGGCUACCUGUCCUACAGGAACAACAUAUUCGACUGCUUCCUUACCAUCCUGCUCUUGGUCCUACAGAUCACUAUAUUUUGCACCUUCAAGCUUCCAUAUUCUCAGUGGGACCCUUCCUCUGUAGGUGCAUAUUCUCUGUGGGAGAUGGUUCGUUUGAUCAACAUGCUGAUUGUGUUCCGCUUCCUGCGCAUCAUCCCAGAUAUCAAGCUCAUGGCUUUGGUCGCGAGUACACUGUUGGACCUGGUGAAAAACCUCAGAGCCUACGCAGGGAUACUGAUGGUGGUGUACUACGUGUAUGCCGUGUUUGGGAUCUGGCUGUUUGAGGGAGUCAUCAAACCUCCUCCAGAGAUGAGUGGGAUCUCCAAUACCUCCAUGGAGAACAUCACCUCUAACUUCAGCAUGCAGUGUGGCACCUAUGAGCAGCUGGAAUACUGGCCAAACAACUUCGAUGACUUUGCUGCAGCCAUCAUUUUGCUGUACAAUGUCAUGAUAGUCAACAACUGGCAGGCCUUCCUAGAAGUAUACAGCAGACACACAACAGGGUGGUCGAAGAUCUACUUUGUGUGUUGGUGGCUCACCUCCUCUGUCAUGUGGGUCAACUUGUUUGUGGCAGUCAUUUUAGAGAACUUCAUCUACAAGUGGGACCGGAGUCACAGCUGCUCCGUCACCGAAGUGGAGAGGAUCAGAUAUGAAACCUCUGUUCAGUUCAUGUUCAGAGAGCAAAUCAAGGAGCCAACCGAAGAGGAAUUACUAUGUCAAUUAAACCAACACCCCCACUUACACCUACACUGGUGACACGCACACACACACACACACACACACACACACACACACAUACACGCACACACACACAGAGCACAAGCACCUACAUGCACUAGCAAGUCAAGAGACUGAUUCUAAUUUAGUCUAUCUUGUGUUAUAAGUGCUGAGAUGUCAAUGUGACAACAUUAUACUGCCAGUUAAUAUGGAAUGAUGUACUUCUCCUGAAACAAGAAGGUUUUAAUUAUGGGAUUCAUGGCACACUGCAAGCUGCAGUUUCUGUUGUCCUGAGAUGCCGUGCCAUUGGUUGAGGCUGAACAGGAGUGGGUGGAGCCAAAGAAGCACAACUUGUGUGCCAAUUCCAUGCUGAAGUACUAUUCAGUAUCUAUUAACGUCUUCGCAACAACCGCACACGAAUACAAUAAAACUGUGAGUACAGAAAUCUACGGUCCACAUUUUCAAAUGUUAUGAUACCACAAGUUUCACAAGAGUGAAAACAAAAUAUAAUUGACUUCCGUAUCAGGUGAUGUGAAGGGGGGCAAUGUAUUUGUAUCCAAAGAAGUUACCAUACACUGUACAAAUAUACACAAUAAUAUGAAUUCUGUGUUAAUUAGGCAGAAACCACCAGAAACAUUAAACGGGGCCUUAAACCUGCAUUCUCUCUACUUAGCAGCAGGGGGCGACUCCUCUGGUCGUAUGGAAAGAAGUCUGUGAGAAGAUGACUCUACUUCUCUCUUGAUUUAUUCCCUCAGUAAACACUGUAAACAUGAGUUUAUGGUUUCAAUCUCUAGUUUCAAGUAAUGUGUAAUACAGCAUGAUGUUCAUUUAGUAAAUGAUGGUCCAUUUAGAGUCAAACAGACCAUAAAGCAGGGUUUGCUUUAGGGCGUGGCUGCAAUAUGAUUGACAGGUCACUACCAGGUCUGGAAGUUUCCCAGUGUGUUUACAAUUCGAGAUUAUAACGCAUCACUUGUAUUUAACUCCACCCUCUCGUGUCACCUCGAGUUGCAAAAAUAAUUUUCGAAACGCCAAAAUUACAUGUGGGUUUUUCCAAGUAUAUUGUCUCGUCAUAUACGGGUCGGCUAAGAAUGUAUGUAUGAAUGUGUUUGUGUGUAUAUAUACAUACAUACUUUAUAUACAGUAUAAACUGCUGCUGUAAAAUCUGAA